GCCAAUGACAGCAGCGUUUGCUUGCCGAUUAGGCAGUAUCAACAUGGCAGCUCUCUGAGUUUUGGAGGAGGGUACAUGGUGUAAAUAAACACACAUUUCACGUUUUACCGAUAACGACAGCGUUUGCGUGUUCGUGUUUAGGACUGGUUGGACCACAGAAGGAAAAUGUCGAAUGACGGAAACAAGAAACAGUUCUGGAAAAGAAACGCAGCGAAGGUUCCUGGCAGCAUUCAGCAUGUGUACGGCGCACAACAUCCACCUUUUGACCCGCUGCUCCAUGCUAACCUAAUUAAAGCAGGCAACAAGCCUCCUCCGGCCAUGCCAGGCAAGCCCAAGAAGGCUACCACCUUCCAGGAGUUCGAGAGCAUUACAAGUGAUGCUUGGGACGUUGGGGAUGAUGAUGACGAGUUGCUGGCCAUGGCCGCACAAAACCUUAACAUUGAGGUUGUCAUGGAGACAGCCAAUAAGGUCAUCGAGAAUCACAGCAAGCAGCAGGAGAGACAGAGGCAGGACGACACGACAGAGCUGGAACAGAGAGAAGAGGACACACAGGAGGAGGUGGUGGCAGAGGACGAGGAGGAGGACAAUGAAGAAGACGAGGAGGACAGGGAGGGGGAAGGAGAUGUGACCAGCCCAGAGGUCUCGUUUGCCUCCCAGAGCAGCCCUUACACUGAUGGCCGCCUUGUAAAGUCCCACAGCGAAGCUCCAAUUGGGUCACCUAAAGAUGCAGCGGGUGAGCACGCAGGCCUCCACAGACAACGGUCUCUGCCCCACAGGCCGCCCGUCAUCCCGCUAGUGGCUCGCAUGGCCGACCAGAACACGUCUGGCACCCCGGCCAUGACCGAGAGGGAAGCAUCCCGUCUGGACAAGUUCAAACAGUUGUUGGCAGGCCCCAACACAGAUCUGGAAGAGCUACGGAAACUCAGCUGGUCUGGAAUCCCACGACAGGUCCGACCAAUAACGUGGAAGCUCCUUUCAGGUUACAUCCCAGCGAACGCAGAAAGGAGAGAGAGCGUCCUGCAGAGGAAGAGACAAGAAUAUUUUGGCUUCAUCCAGCAAUACUAUGACUCGCGCAACGACGAGAACCAUCAGGACACAUACAGACAGAUCCACAUAGACAUUCCCAGGAUGAGUCCUGAAUCUUUGGUGCUGCAGCCAAAGGUGACAGAGAUUCACAUUGACAUACCGAGAACUAAUCCCCUUAUUCCUCUCUUUCAACAAGCUUCUGUCCAAGAGAUUUUUGAGAGGAUCCUUUUCAUCUGGGCCAUCCGCCAUCCGGCCAGCGGCUACGUGCAAGGCAUCAACGACCUGGUCACGCCGUUCUUUGUCGUCUACGUCUUUGAGUACAUCGAGGAGGAAGUGGAAAACUUUGACGUGUCCAGUCUCCAGGAAGAGACUCUGAGGAACAUUGAGGCCGACAGCUUCUGGUGCAUGAGCAAACUGCUGGACGGCAUCCAGGACAACUAUACGUUUGCCCAGCCAGGAAUCCAGAGGAAAGUCAAGGCCCUGGAGGAGCUCGUCAGCAGGAUUGAUGAGUCCGUGCACCUCCACAUGCAGCAGUACGAGGUGGAGUACCUGCAGUUUGCCUUCCGCUGGAUGAACAACCUCCUGAUGAGGGAGCUGCCACUCCGCUGCACGAUCAGACUGUGGGACACCUACCAGGCUGAACCUGAGGGCUUCUCCCAUUUCCACCUCUACGUGUGUGCCGCUUUCCUGGUGAGGUGGAGGAAAGAGAUUCUAGAGGAGAGAGAUUUCCAGGGUCUGAUGAUCCUCCUGCAGAACCUUCCCACGAUGCACUGGGGCAAUGAGGAAGUGAGCGUACUGCUGGCUGAAGCCUACAGGUUGAAGUUUGCCUUUGCUGACGCACCCAACCACUACAAGAGAUGAUGGGCGUGGCUCUCUGCAGCUGCUCCCCCCCCUCCUGCCGCUCUUCCUCCUCCUCCUCCUCCUCCUCCUCCUCCUCCUCCUCCUCCUCCUCUUAUUCCUCCUCGCCUGCCCCUGCAUUUGUCUACUGAACUACGAGGCCUCUAUUCCUACGGGAAAGGACCUCCCCUUUUCUUAACCUCCCUUUCCCACGUUGCCCAACGGGCCUUUCAGUUACUAAGAGAUUUGAAUCAACCGACGGCCGAGAGGACGCGCGGCGUAGCAUUUUAACACGACGACGUGGAGCCUUUUUAAAAGUUAUUUUUCUCUGAUGUGCACUCCUUCAGUUCGGGGGCAGAACCUUCUUCAUCACUGAUGACCACGACUUUUUAUUUUUGUAUAAUUCUUUUGUCGGAGUUUGGUCCGCUCAAGCUGACUCCCUCUAGAGGACGACCUCAGCACCGCCGGGAGUUUAGUCUGGAUGGCAAUACAUUGAGUUGUGUCUCCCGAGGCCAAAGUGUGUCUAUUUUUGUUGUUGUUGCAAAAGACAAAGAACGAGGGCCAAAGGGCAUUGCACUAGAUGGUUUACAUAUCUGAGCCCGCUCUCCGGGUCACAACACCACCUGGAAGAACACGACCUCCCCUGUUUUCCUUUCCUUUUUUCUCCUCCUCCUCCUGCUGCUGCUGCUGCUGCUACGUGACAGGAGUGACACAGUUUGUUUUCCUUCUCAACAAAACUGCCCCACUAGAACUUUACACACACAGAGAGAGAGAGAUUGUCUGUGAGGGGAAACAUGACUCCCUCCUUCUACAAACCAUAAAUACCAACUCAAUCUGCUGCGACAUCGCGGUGUAACAGUGGUGAGAGGCUAGUGAGCCAUUUGGCUACUUAUCCCCGCUGACCCAAACCCAGGACUACCUGAAAAUGAAAAACAUGCACACACCCGUAUGGGGUCAAAUUCAAACUUAUCUCACCAAAAGCUCAAUUUAGAAAAUUCACACACAAAAAAAUGUAAAGUGUUUCUUCACAGGGUUUUUUUUUUAAGCAGAGUUCCAAAUUAACAAUUGUUCCUUAAUUAAGAAGCAUACUGUCUUUGUUUACUCUCCCUUCCUCUCCAUCUGUCUUUUGGGCCGCGUCUUCGUGGGUGCACAAAAGAAAGGAAGAAAAAAAACCCUGCAGCCUUCCAAUAUGUUGUCUGUGAGUUUUGGUGAAGGCGCAAACGAGUCUUUGAUAUUUCGCUGGGAAUUUGUUUCAGGAGUCGCUCAUCGGAGCGUUUUGCGGAUUCCAACAGUAAGCCCAGAUGAAAUGUGUGAAGUGGCGGUGCAUCGGUUACAGAAUGAGUCCAAAUAUAACAAUAUAACAACAAAAGGGACUUCCAUUUAAAAAAGAAAAAGGUAAAAACACACGACUUUGGUCUUCAACCCAAGAUUUGGUGAGAGAACAGCAGUAAGGCCCAAUAAAUCAUGUGUUUCCAUAUUCUGCAACAGGUAAUCAGGGUGUAGAUGAGUCCGCCAAUGCCCGCCCCCCCUUCUCCCAACUGGUCUAGCAAAAUUAGUCUGAUUUUAACAUUUUCAAAAUGCAUCUUUCCUUCACAAAGGGACGAACGCGUUGCUGUUAAUAGAACUAAACGAGGUGGAGCGGAACCAUGUCUUUAAAACGUGACAGAAACAUGACUCACCCUUUGUAAUGUAAAAUACCUUUGCAUAUAACGAGCGGCACAGAAAUGAACAAAAGCAGCAGGUGCAUUGAACCAGAAGCUGAUUGUUCCCUCGCGUCACGCCGUCUGUCUCCUUGUCUUUGCUGCUCCGUUCAUGUGGAGCACAUAGGACGUCUUACCCAGAGUCACUAGCACCAUAUUGGUGUAAUGUUGGGAGGAGUGUGUUAAGGGAUGGUGUGUGUGUGUGUUGAAGGGGGGGGGGGGUAAAUCAGACUCUCGUGACACAACACAGAGCUGUUAACGUCUGGAGUCCCCUCCUCGCGUCUCCGCCAGGAUCCAUUAUUGUCACCCCGGAGACGGUGUGUGAAGGAGAGAGAGGGGAUGGGGGCGGGGGCUGUUUCUUUUUGAAGUUUCAGCACUUUUUUUCUGUGAGAGCUGUCAGUCAUUGAUCACACCUAGGAUACCAUUUUAUUUUAUUUUACUCAAUCCGCACCAGUUUCACCAGCCUCCCUCAUCUCCCAUGCUCUCUGACAAGGAAACACUGCACUUCAUUUUAAAGUCUACAGCCUUUUCUCUCUCUCUCUCCCCCCCCCCCUCCCUCUCUUUUUAUAUGAGAUUUAUUCUUUCAAUCGGCGCGUUUUAAAACAUUUGUCUUCGGUUUUUGGUUCUUAUUUUUUUUUAUGCUGUUUACAUGACACGCCUAUUAAGUUGUGCCUGACUCUGGAUACAUGAGCGAACGUGGAAGGAUUUACAUUUUUCUUUGGAAGAAAUAGUAUGACAUUUUGCAUUUGCUGUGAAAAGACCAGACAGAGAUGUGUGUGUGUGUGUGUGUGUGUGUGUGUGUGUGUGUGUGUGUGUUUGUUUGUGUGUGUGUGUGUGUCGCCAACAUGAACAUUUUGAUAAUUCUCUGGGCUUUUUAAGAGCUCAAACUUGAUGGUACACCUCCCCUGAAUGGCGAUUGUAAGUAGGAACAGCCGGCCUGUCAGCCUUUGGGUUUCUCCACUUGUUGAAGCAGUGUGUGUGUGUGUGUGUGUGUGUAGUCUGUAGUGAGGUGGUGUUUCUUUUUUUUUUUGCCUUUCCAAAACCAAAAACACGAGUAAAGAAAAGUGUAAGGAAGCUCUAGCUUACUACUGAGCUCCUGUCACAUCAUUAGCUAACGACAUUAGUUUGUGCGGUUACAGGUUAUGUAUAUAAAAAAAGGGGUACGCCUGUGUGUUUGUGAAUCACGGGCACAAAGGGUAGACUUGAGCCCCCACCCCCCCCCCCCCCCC